CCAAAAUUCGACUUCAAUGUUCAUGAAGAUGUUUCCACUGGAUACUACGUUCGAUUAAUCAAUGCGCUAACAGUGAAUUAUCCUGCAGUUUGCUCUUUCUUGAAAUAUUCCCAUGGAAUUGUAAUUAGCAUUUGCUUAUUUCAUAUUUGUUGUUUGCCGCCCGGCAUAGGCAUAAACCACCCAUCAUGGGUGCUGUACUCUCUUUUGUCACCGGCUUCGUCGCGCCGGUAUUUAUCAUCGUGUCGCCAAUUACCUCAUAUGCCGACCAGAUUGCUGCAAUAUACAGGUCGAAAUCGAGUGCUGGGUUUUCCCUUGAUAUACCACUUAUAAUGCUUGUUGCGUCGAUUCUUCGCGUGUUUUACUAUCCUGGAGCGCAAUAUGAUAUGUCACUCUUAAUCCAAGCAACAAUUAUGAUUAUCGUCCAAGUUAUUCUUCUACACGUCGCCCUCGAAAACAGGCCGUCGCCUUCGUCCAAAGGGGGGGAAGCAUCACAACCAUUUUCGGGCAUAAAGGAUGGAGAAUUUGGCAAUGUCAGGCCGUACAACUUCUGGCAAUGGAGGUCCCCGAAACCAUAUUGGCAAUUCCUCCUCUACCUCGUCAUAACGCUCAUGGCAUGCGAGCUCAUGUUCGCUCCAUUCGGCUUCGCAUACAGCUUCUAUUCGUCGACUAUUGGCUACCUUGGCCUGGCUAUUGAAGCGACGCUACCGAUUCCACAAAUAUUAGCAAACAACAGGACACGCUCCUGUAGGGGGUUCCGCUUCUCAGUUCUGGUGAGCUGGAUUGCUGGAGACGCAAUGAAGAUGCUGUGGUUCUUCACCGCAACCACAGAGAUUCCAUGGGCGUUCAAGUUCUGCGGCAUGUUCCAGGCAUGCUGCGAUUCGUUCCUCGGCGUACAAUACUUCAUGUAUGGCACCGGGGAGGCGGCACCGAGCCACGCUCACAGUGGUAUCUCGAUACGUCAAAAUGGCGGCGCGAGAUCUCCCAGAGCAGUCCAUAUACCCAUGUUAGAGAAAGAUGAUCGUUUAGACUGAAGAGAGAUACGGCCCAACAGGGACUUGGUGUAUUAUAGAAGCACGGCAGGCGGGUGUAUGCAUGCCGUGCGAUAUUGCGGGUAGCUGACGACUGAGACAGCCUCCGGAAGGUGGUUAGUUCGUUGUAUUAUGACUGGCUGUUGUCAGUUCGGUAUGUGAGUUUGUAGAUGGAUAUAGUUGACAGGAUGAUGAUUAGAAUAACAAUAUAAGCGCGUGGACGCGAAGUAAAGACAUUGCAGGGUCAUUGCUGGUAUUGAAGGCGACCAAGUCCUUGGACAAGGCCAGCGAGUCUGAUCAACUGAGGGUGCGUGCGAAUGCAAGUAUCCGGCACACCGUGCAUGUUGCCAACAGCAAGGCACCAUGUUGGAAACCUAAGAAGGUCGUUGUACUUCCCAAAAAGUGCAACCUGUUCAGGUUCAGGACCAGCGUAAGCCGAGUGGAUAAACCUAACACCCAAGGGAUGAAAUGUGCAUAUUACUGCAGCCGAUUUUCAAUCUAGGCGGGGGGGAGGAAGUGGAAUCUCACACCGCUGUGCAGGGACAAAGGGGCGACGAGGUAGUGCGACGCGAAAGUGCGUGACUUUGCGAGAAUUGGCGUUUAUUAAAGAUAGCCGGGGAUACAGGACAAAACAACAAAUAUCAAUAACUUAUUGUCCAUGAGGUUAAAAGAGGCAGAGUGAGCUGUAAAUGAUAUGUGGAUUAUCGCAGAUUGUUUAGUAGCUGUUUUGGUUUGUUUUAUGGAUUGGUUUCUGAGGUGCU